AUGGACGAGAAAGGCAAAGGCACAAAAUCACAAGACAAAAUUGAUUUUAAAGAGUUAAGUGUUCAAAAUAUCGCGGUUGCAGGUACAAUUAAAGGACAGAAUGUAAAGUUUUUCUUAAAUACACUAAAAAGCCUGCAAUUCACAACAAAUUCUGAAGUUCACUUUACGAGCAUUGGAAUGAAAUUCAUAGCUGAAGAAAGUCAGUUCUUUCAAGGCAUCGCAUAUUUCGGAAGUGUUUUCUUUAGUCGCUAUCACUUUGGCAAAAACCUUGAGAUGGUCAACUUUGGAGUGGAUUUUACAGCCUUUUCAGAGUUCUUAAGCGCAAUUAUUAACAACGAAUUGACAAGCUUAAAGAUUGUUUAUUACGGAGAUCACAGACCGAUUGCCUUUAUUUUAAAACAGAAGGACGACGAAAUAGAUCCAAAUGCAACAUUAAGUGAGAUAUCGGAUAACGAGGAAGAGCUAGUUGAGUCGUGUAAAGAAAUAGUCACUGAAUACAUCAUUCGUACAAAGCAUUCUAUAAACCCAAUUGACUUUUCUUCCAUCAACUCGCCAGUAGCAUCAACAGUCCUCAUGAAUUGUUCUGAAUUCAUUGAAAUCAUUUCGGAUCUUGACAAAACAACAGAUGAAAUACAGUUUAAGAUUGACAGUCGUUCAUUUAUCGUAAGAUCACUAGGAAUCAUUCAGUGCAAUACACAAAUUCCAUUUCCAACUGAUCACAAAAUAUUCAAGAACUUUAAUUUAGUUAAGGACACAAAAUUUUCAUACAAGUUUUCAUGCUUUAAAUGCAUGCUGCGAGCUUUAAUGCACUCGAUGGAUGUGUGCUUAGAAACUAGAGAAAAUGGACUUUUAAAAGUACAAAUUAAAGGGAAAACCAUAGAAAAUGAAUCGUCGCUAUUUUAUGAAUUUAAUGUAAUGCCAAACGUGACUGAUGAAGACCGGGAUAUUGAUGUUGCAUAG